UCCCCAGCCCCUCUCCCCCUGCACCCCAGCUUUGAGCCUUGAGCUGCCUCCUCUGCUCUCUAGGACAUGGCAGGCCCUGCGACCAUCACAGUCGGCCUCGUGCUCCUGGCCCUGUGUGCCCACCACAUUGCCGCUGCAGGUGCUGUGCCCAUCCCCUCUUCCUGCUGCAUGUCCUUCAUCUCCAAGAAAAUUCCCGAGAGCCGAGUGGUGAGCUACCAGCUGUCCACCAGGAGCAUCUGCCCCAUGGCGGGAGUGAUCUUCACCACCAAGAAGGGCCAGAAGUUCUGUGGCGACCCCAAGCAGCGCUGGGUCCAGAAGUACAUGAAGCAUCUGGCUGCCAAGCAGCAUCUGGCCUUACGGGAGAAUGCCUCCACUGGCACCAGGGCAAUGAGCACCACAGUCCCUGCGCAGAGACACCCCGCCACCAGCAUCUCCACGUAACCCCCGCCCUGCCCCCGCCCUCCUCGCCAGCCUGCUGGGAGGCCUGGUGAGCCAGCAGUGAUGGGGGAAGAGCUAAUGUUUCUGUUUCUUAGCAUUACUCUCACGGGAUGUGUCCAUUCUAUAAGAAACCCAAGGCAGAAGAGGCCUGCUCCUGGGGGCUGAGCAAGAGCUCCAAGCAUCCUGAGUCACUUGCCUUCCCCGAGCUGGGGGAGAAGGUCAUGGAAGGAGGGCAGUGGCAGCUCUCUGUCCUCCUCUCGAGCCGGAGCUGGUCCUUCUCUGACUUCCAGGCUCCGUAGGUACAUGAGGUCCAACCUGCGGACACACCCUGCUUGUGCCUUAGCCUGCCACUGGCUUCUAUGGGCCCUCUGCUCUUGCCUGCGGGCUGUCUGUCUGUCUGUCUGGGGAUGGCCAACAGCUGCAGCUCUCCAGUGUGUUGGGAAUGUUCCAGGCUUAUCCCACUUCCGGCAUAUUCCGAGUGAGUAAAAACCCAACAACAGUGGAGGGCCCCUUUGCUGCAUGUGCUGCCGGAUCCUGGCCCUCCUUAAACACUUCUCAUGGGAUGUGAUUAACGAAAUGGACGUGGAGGAUUAGGAUGAAGGGCCAGCCUGGGUAGCUGGAUUCUUUUGUGAAGAUACGGCUUCUAGGAGAUGUUCUGCUUUGCGGCACAGCUCGCUCCAUGAUGCUCUGGGGGCAAAGACCUGUCAUGCCUUUAAAGCUGGUCUUUCCCCACAUUUUGGUGAAGAGAGGAUGGGAUGGGGAUUGAGGGGGGAGAAGGACUGCAGCUUUUUUCCCUAUGCAUGAGAUACUGUGUGAUUUGUAUGUCAAGACUGUUAGACACACUUGCUGUUCUCAAGUAACAAUCCAAGUAAAAUGUGAUUUCUCCUUUGAA